CAAGUGCUGUGCAUGUGUAACAUGACUUAGUGAAUUUAUACGAUUCAAACUGUUUAGAGUAAAGCUAGAAGCAAAAAAAAAAUAGCACUAAUUGAUUAGGAUUAGACAAGCCGGUGAAAUAUCGCCUGCAACAAUUGGUGAAGUAUUGUUUGAUUUAAUUAGAGUACCGAAAGAAAAAUGCCUCAAUACACAGUUAAGGUGAAAUGGGGAAAAGAAAUAUUUCCAAAUGUCGAGGUAAAUACGGAGGAAGAGCCAAUGUUGUUCAAAGCUCAAUUAUUUGCACUAACCGGGGUACAACCAGAGAGGCAGAAAGUUAUGCUGAAGGGAAUGACUCUGAAGGAUGAUGAUUGGGGAAAUAUAAAGUUGAAAGAUGGUGUGACGGUAUUGAUGAUGGGUUCAAAGCAAGAAGAUAUGCCGGUUGAACCAAUGGAGAAGCCCAUAUUUGUUGAAGAUAUGAAUGAAGCUGAGAUAGCAACAGCACUGGAGUUGCCAGCGGGUUUAACCAAUCUUGGCAAUACUUGUUAUUUAAAUGCCACUGUACAGUGUCUAAAAACAGUUCCACCACUUCGGGAUGCAUUAAAAAAUUUUCCCGGUGGAUUGGCGACUGUUGGAGGCAGUUCUGUGCCAUCUUUGGUGCCAGCCCAGAGUAUAACAGCCUCUCUUAGAGAUCUCUACGAGGCAAUGGACAAGGGGGCAUCCCUUCGACCGAUUGUUCUCGUUCAAAUGAUGCAUUUGGCAUUUCCAAGGUUCGCUGAAAAAUCAGAUCAUGGAGGAUUCCAGCAGCAGGAUGCCAAUGAGUGUUGGUCUGAACUUGUCAGAAUGCUCCAACAAAAAUUGCCCGCUGAAUCCAAUUCAAAUGCUGGAGAUAAUGCUUCUAAACCAAGAUCCAUCAUUGAGCAAUACUUUGGUGGAACGUUUGAUACAGAAUUAAAAUGCGUUGAGACUGAGGAUGAAGAACCGACCAAGGGAAAAGAGGAUUUUUUGCAAUUGAGUUGUUUCAUCUCCACGGAUGUUAAAUACAUGCACUCGGGCUUGAGAAAUAAAUUACAGGAACAGAUUACAAAAAUGUCAUCAACACUGGGAAGAGACGCUAUCUAUACGAAAACUUCGAAAAUUAGUAGAUUGCCGGCAUACCUGACAAUUCAAUUCGUCCGUUUUUAUUAUAAAGAAAAGGGAGCAAUAAAUGCCAAGAUAUUGAAGGACGUUAAAUUCCCAAUGGAAUUCGAUGCAUAUGAUCUUUGCACUCCACAACUUCAAGCUAAAUUACUGCCAAUGCGUGAGAAAUUCAAGGCACUUGAGGAUAAAAAAGUGGAGGAGGCACAGAGCUUGAGAGAGAAAAAGGGAAAAGGGAAGAAUGAACCGGAGGAGGAUAACGUGAGAAAGGAGCCUUUCUCCUUUGCAGAUGAUUUGGGCUCGAAUAACAGUGGUUACUACUCACUCCAAGCAGUACUUACACACAAAGGCCGUUCAAGUAGCAGUGGUCAUUACGUUGCAUGGGUACGUCAAAAAGGUAACACGUGGAUAAAAUGUGACGACGAGGCUGUCAGUGUCGUAACCGACGAAGAGAUAUUAAAACUCAGUGGAGGUGGUGAUUGGCAUUGCGCUUAUGUGCUUCUUUAUGGACCGAAAAUUCUUCAAGUGCCAAUUGAAUCGGAGGAAGCCAGCAAUACCCAAUAACUCAAAAGGCAAUCGAUAAUAUACCGUUGACAAAUUAAUAUUCAUACCGAGCCACUGGAAAAGAAAAUGGCAAAUCGGUUUCUGCAUGCCGAUCACUCAUCCAACGUUACUAUUCUCACUCGUUUGAAUAAUAUCAUUUGAUCGAGAGAGGAAUGAGUUAUUUUCUUUUGCAUUUCGGUGGCUGUGUCAGUAUGGUAACCAUAUGAUCAAUUGAUUAAUCAUUGACAAUUUAUCAUUACUCUUUUUUUUUCAACGAUUCGAUUUUAUUAAUCGAUGUGUUCUUUUGUAAUAUUAAUGAAAUAUAACAAACAGCAUUUUCUUUUCUUUACUUUUUCCAUUCCCACGCAUUUUUCGUGUAUUAUCUUUCGCAUUUAUUCCUGGCAAUUGUCCCUUUCCCCUUGUCCCAUUGCCCGCUCUUCAAAUGGCCAUUUGUCUGAUUACGUAAAACAACAAGUGAACAAUUAGGCCAAAAGUUGCACAGUUUACCGUAAAUCUCGUUUUAAUAUGUAACUAAAAAUUAACAACCGAACAAAAAAUCUUCGAUGCCCACACGAUUACACUCAACGUGGGUAAUCUUUCAUGUAAUCUAAAACGUAAUCAGUUAGUGGAUGGACGUCCGCGAGACAACACAACUCUCAUCAGUCGUCCGUAGUUGAAUACCACUAAAACAACUAUUCCAGUACUGAUUAAUUUUCAACCGUCUCCGCAUGUUUUGCGAUAAUGAACGCCAAAUUCUUCAGACCCAAGUCAAUACGUAAUUUCUUCGUACGUCUACUGAGAAGG